AUGAUUUGCAUACAAAAGAGAUUUUUGAGCCGGUGUGCUAAUUUUCUUAGUAGCGAAAUGGCGCAAACUUAUUUUCGACUCAUUACUGCAAGACUAAAAACGAGGAAGAAAAGUAAAACUGAUCACUUAGAAACUGCAGAUUGUCAUUCAUGUUUAUUGCAACAGGAAACAGCAACAACAUUAGCUUCCUUUUUUUACGAUAAAUUGGAAAUGUUGAAACAAUUGAAUAUUCUUAUAAAAGAAGAAAGUGAUUCUGAAAUACAAAAAAUUGCCAAAAUGGAUAGCGAUGAAUUGACUGCAGAAUUGGAUGAUAUGGCAAAUAAAAUUGCAGAUGCCCUAAUACCAAUUACAGAAUACGAUAUGCUGAAUAAAUGUCAACUAGAAAUAACUCCUGGCGUUGGUGGUGUUGAAGCAUCUCUAUUUGCAUCUGAAUUAACACAGAUGUAUCAUAAUUAUACUCAAUUUAAAAAGUGGAAAUGGAUACCUUGCCGAAUUGACCCUGCUCCAUCGGGUGGUAUACGUAGCGCAGUGGUUUUUGUUAGAGGUAAGGGAGCAUUUCGGAUGUUGCGCUAUGAAGUUGGCGUUCAUCGUGUACAAAGAUUUCCAUUAACAGACAAAACUCGUAUGCACACAAGUACAUCUGUUGUAGCUGUUCUUCCAGAACCAGAAAAAAUAGAAACUUGCUUGAGAUCUAACGAUAUCAAAGUAGAAACAAUGCGCGCUUCAGGUCCCGGUGGACAGAACGUUAAUCAGCGUUCUACAGCAGUGCGCCUAACACAUCGUGAAACGGGAAUCAGUGUUCACUGCUCCGAUGAGAGAACGCAGUAUUCAAAUAUGGAUAUAGCUCAUAAGCGAUUAGCUGCGAUUCUUUUGCAACGGAAGCUAGAUGAAUCACAAAAACAAUAUUCGUCAUCCAGAAAAUUACAGGUAGGAACAAAGGCACGUGCUGAAAAAGUGCGUACAUACAAUUUUAAAGAUGACCAUGUAAUUGACCAUCGGUUAAGCAGAACUUGGCAAGGUGUAAUGAACGUGAUGAAGGGAAAUACUGCUCUUGAUGAAAUAAUUGAUGAAUUAAAUGAAUUAUCAAAAAUACAGCAUUUGCAAGAAAUUAUGUGUGUUGAUGGUUAA